AAAGUUAUCUAUGGCAAAUGGUGGAUGUGGAGGCAAAGAGGAACCCAGGGGAUCUGCUGGAGCCCUGUGUACUCCAUACUGGGUCCCAUUAGAAGUGACAGUGUGGACUUGUAGAGCCUGCCCCGCCGCUGCUGCGCCCAAGUGCAGCCCACAGCGUCUCAGCAAGGAUUUCUCUCGCGGCAGGAGAAGAGCUGAGGCGCACAAGUCAUCGCUUGUACCGAAGAAAACUCCAACCAACUAAACGGUACCAGCCAUCUCCAUUCUCUAGACCUCCGCAGCCAUGGCGACCAUCGUGGCGGAGCACAUUGGCCGCCUGUUCAUCAGCCUGCAGCAGAUCCGGCAGGUCCCACGCAUGCUAACCGAGGCCACACCCUCCAUGCCUGCCACACUGAGAGACUCUGAUGUCCCUGCCUGCCUUCGCGACCGUCACAUUACCUCAGGUUACCGGCAACUCCACCAGAACUGGCGAUACUACUUUUUUUCUCUAUUCCAGCGACACAGUGAGACCCUGAAUGUCUGGACUCACCUGAUAGGUCUUUUGAUCAUUCUGGCGAAAUUUUGUGAUCUGGCCGAAAAUGUAGACUUUGUGAACGACAGGCACGCGUGGCCACUGUUGGUUCUUUUAAUAUCCUCUCUCAACUACACAGCCUUCAGUGUCAUAGCUCACUUACUGGGCAGCAAGUCAGAGCUUUGCCAUUUCAUCUUUUACUACCUGGACUACGUCGGUGUGGCGCAGUAUCAAUAUGGCAGUGCAUUAGUACACUUUUACUAUGCUAUCGAUGCCAACAUGUACAGUUUGGUAAAAGGAAUCUACUUGCCGACUGCUGCUACCUUUUCUUUUCUGUCGUUUGUAGGAUGCUGCUAUGGAAAGUACAACAGCUUACAUUCAUGUAUACGCAAAUUUGGGCAUGUAGUUCCCUCGGCGUUAGCUUACUUAUGGGACAUCAGCCCUGUGAUUUGGAGGCUCGUCUACUGGUCAGAAGCAAGCGACGACCCGGCUCUUGUGUACCAUUUUGGUCAGGUAGCUUGUUUCCUCACUGCUGCAGCUUUCUAUACUUUUCCAAUUGUAGAGAAGUGCUUCCCCGGACAGUGUAACUUUUUAGGUCAAAGUCACCAGAUAUUUCACAUCUUCAUGUCAUGCACCACUCUGUGUCAGAUUCACGCCUCUUUCUUGGACUACGUAGGCCGCAGAGACGUGUACCUGAGCCUGCACAAGAGCGGAGAGGCGGGUUUGUAUGCACAGCUCUAUGCAUUCACAAUAAUGACGUGUGUGCUCACUGGUGGAGUCAUAUUGAGAAGAGUGAAUCACAUGCUGGUAAAACACAAGUGCAUCUAAACCUCUGCUGAACUGUAGUGGAACUUACAGUAGUGUUGUCACGAUACUAAAACUCGAUUUUUAUACUCAAUACCAGUUUCGAUACCAUGAUAAUGAAAAAAUAUAGAAAUAGCCAAUAGAAUGUAAUUUUCAGUGCAAAAUAAUGGUACUUUCUUUAAGAUACCAUGUGGUUCCAUACUGGUGUUGAUUAAGUUUCAGUACUGAUAUUGAUGCUUGUUAAACUGAGCAUCUAUUUUGGAUUCUGGUUUAGUAUCAAUUAGUAUCUGAUUUUCAAUACAUUUGACAACCCUAACUUAAAGCUUUAGAACAAUGUUUAUAGUUGAGGAAAGUUCAGUAAUUAAACAUAGCGAGUGCAAUGAUUGUUUUGAAUAUCACUGUUUUUAUUUGACUAAUGAAGUGACACACUGGGUUCAUUAGUCACUACUUGGGCAAAAUAAAAAGAUAGAUUUCAAUUUUUUUAGAGAUUAAUUUAAAUCUGCGGUAGUUUCUUGUUGUGUCGUUGCACUUAAUAGGGUAUUGAACUAUAUUUUCUGUUAUUCCUCAAUAUAAUUCAAUUAUAGCUAAUGGUCUAUUUAAUUCUGUUGGUCAGUUGUGCUAUGUUGAAAAACAAAAUGUAAAAAAGGGAACAAUCAGAGUGAAAAAAAUUAUAAUUAAAUGUGCAGAAACAGAAGAUAGGACUUAAAUGUGACCUCUUAAGUUAUGAUGUACUGUUAAGGGGCAUAGGAUUUUGUUUUAGACAGAGAUAAAAAUUAUUAACUUUAAUAAGUAUAUUAAAAGGUACAUAAACAUAAUCAUUUAGGCCAGACAAUCAUGAUAAAGAAGUGAAAUUGCUGGGUGAACGUGCAAAGUUUGAGUCAGUAGGGUCCAAAGUGAAGUGAAUACAGGGUUAUACGCGUUGACCUGAGAUGCAAAUGUCUAUGAAUGUCAACUCUGAGACUGCAUUUUCAUAUUAACUGUAAUUUUAUUGCUGGUGGCAGAUUGCACAUUGUUACAUAUUUGUGGUUGUUAAAGUGCCCUCCAUGGACCACGAAAAACACAAAGCUUACUAGAUAACUUCUGCAUAGGCCUGUCACGAUAAUUACUAUACUGACUUAUAGUUAGAUGAUACAACAACACGAUAGAUGGAACAUUUACUUUCGGGGGGAAAGAUUUAUCUCAGGUAGGUACUUUUUAUUUUUACUAGUGGGGACCUUUUUGUUAUUUUCUGUACUUUGUUGUUUUAGAAUUUUUAUAUGUUAUAGUCGACUAGUCAAGAUCAGUUGAUCAAUCAUUGCCUCCCUAGUAUAUGUGGAUUUUCGUUUUUAUUAAUAUUUUCUUCAGCAAGAUAUCAUACUUUAAAAUUUGUUAUCGUGACAGGCCUACUUGUGCAUACAGUCUGUAGUCUACACUGGACAUGCCUGGAGUACCGCGUUUGGUAUUUGGUGAAUGUCAAUGUUAUGUUCUUGUCGUUACUUAAACAGACGAUGGACGAGUUGAAGCUUGUUCUGUGCCAAGUAACACGUGUUGCUAUUUUAGUUUCUGAAAAUGGAAGGGCCAUUAUCCCUUAUGAGGCUGAAGAGACCCAGACCCUGAGACUGCACUGUAUAAAUAUAGAGAUGUUGAUGAUGUUAACGCGUAAGAGUUUGGGGUUAGGUCAAUUUAAAGGUGUGCUGUGUAACAUUUCUGGUGGGGGUCUGUCACCAGCCUCUCUCCAUGGAGACGUUGCCUGAAAUGUCCCACUUAUUUAUCUCUGAAGACAGCGAGUGAUGCCAUAGGGCCAAGUUACUCGUCAGAUCUGUGGGACGAGCCCACUCACAGUAAGAAUGCAAGUUUUUAAGUCAAUAAAAACCCAUGGUAUUGAGUAAAUUCAAGAUGGAUAUGUUCAAAUGGAAAACAGUUGAUUUGAAUUGUUAACUUACGCAAGUGCCUUAUGUUACAGUUCUAUUUAAUAAAAACGUCUAUUUAUUACUAAUAAA